UUCUCCAAUGUCUUUCGCUGAUCACCACCCUCAUCCUCGUCCUCGUGUUGUCGUCAAUGGAGUUCAAAGAACCAGAACCUUUCAUUACUUAUGGUGCCACCAUUGUCAUCACACCAUUAGGCUACGUGCUUUUACAAAUCCAAUAUUCGAAACCUUCUGUCCCUUCUGUUCUAAUGAAAUCCUGCACGAGCUCGACGUGUCAAGACCCGGCAGGCUCAUCAUCUCCUCCAACAAUCUCUCCAAUAUUCUGCAGAGACCUGCACCAGCUUCAUCAGAGCGAUUAAUGGACUUGGCUUCCAUUCUCAACCCUAUACAUGACGAUCAUUUCCGUAGAAGAAGAACAACUCCUGUUUGGGACUCUGAAGCUGACUGGAUCACCCUGCAACUCGUUCAAGAUCCUUUACCAAGACAAAUAAAUAACGAAUUACUUUCUCGAGCAACCAGAAGCAGAGACAGAAACAAUGAGGAUUUCAUAACUGGGUUGAGGGAAAACGACCAGCCAGGGCCACCUCCGGCGACAAUUUCUGCCAUUGAAGCUCUACCAGUAGUGAAAAUAACAGACGAACAUAUAAAGAGGGAGACGCAAUGCCCAGUUUGCAAAGAAGAAUUUGAAGUUGAGGGAGAAUGCAGAGAGCUGCCAUGCAAACAUAUUUACCAUUCUGUGUGUAUUAUUCCUUGGUUGAAGCUGCACAAUACUUGUCCUGUCUGUCGGUUUGAAGUAAAAGAAGAGAAUUAUGAAUUUGUCGAUGUGAGGAACAGAUUAAACUGGGCGGUUAAUCAGUUCAUGUCGUUCCGACCAGUUCGAGAAAUUUUAAGGUGGUCGCGCCGCUAUCUUCAUGUUGUUGAUAGUAGGAUUCGCGUUAACUCUAAUGAAGUUUUUGAUGAAGCAGCAAGUUCUGGGUGGUUAUCAUGGCUCAUUCUCUAGUUUCAUUAUCCUGCUGGAUGCUGCUGUUGGUGGUGGAGAGAGUUCGUAUAUAUAUAAAUGUACGUCGCUAUAUAUAUUUGUAGAGAGGCAGGCAGGUAUGUAUACAUAUGUCGUUAUAUAUAAAUAAAUAAGGGUGCUACUUAAUUUCCAAGAUUGCAAAUUACAAAGUCAAGGAUAAUGGGCAAAAUAUGAUACUUUCAAUCCAAGUUGCUUUGCAUGGAAGCAAUGCAGUUAGAAGAAGACAAAAGCCCAGAUGAAACAAGGAAUAAUAUUGAUCAAACAAUAUAAUUCAUUGUCAUUAAUAAAUAUGUAUGUAAAGGUCCGGAAG